AUGCCAGAUCAUGGUUUUACAGGUCGGCGUGUAAAGGGUUGCAGUGUGAUCGGCGAGGCCCACAUCGCUGUGCCGGAUGAUAUGGCUGAGCUCGCUAGUUGGGGAUGUGGCUUGCAGGACUCCUUUCAAAGGAAGACCAAGCUUAUAUGCACUAUGGGUCCAUCAUGUUGGGAUGUUGAUAUUCUGGUGAAGAUGAUCGAUCAGGGUAUGAACGUGGCGAGGUUCAACUUCUCUCAUGGUGAUUUCGAGAUUCAUAGUAGAACUCUGAGGAAUCUGAAGGAUGCACUCAGGGAGCGGCCAAAUGACGAUGUAUCCAUCAUGCUCGAUACCAAGGGACCCGAGAUCCGUUCGGGUUUCUUUGCUGCUGGUGGUAAGGUCGAGCUCGAGGCCGGUCAGGACUUGAUCCUCACUACUGAUUACUCCUUCAAGGGUGAUGCUCACAAGAUUGCCUGCACCUACCCCAAGCUCCCUCAGAGCGUCAAGCCCGGCUCCAUCAUCCUUAUGGCCGAUGGUACGGUUAACCUGGAGGUUGUUGAAUGCUACGAGGACAGCGUUAAGACUCGUGUCUUGAACCACGCUAUCAUCGGGUCGACCUUCCCUGCAUUGGUGAGAAGGAGGCAACGAUAUCCUCAACUGGGGACUUCCCAACGGAAUCGAUUUCAUUGCCGUCUCCUUCGUCCAGCAUGGCGAUGA